AUGGGGUACUACCUGGCUGACGGCAUCGCGCAAGAGUCUGCGCGCAAUGAUGUGGAGAGGGCGUUUGGGGUGCUCCAAUCGCGAUUUGCACUGGUAAAGGGCCCGACGCGCUUUUUCUACCAGGGGGAUAUUGCCGACAUCAUGUAUGCGUGCAUCAUCAUGCAUAACAUGAUCAUCGAUGAUGAAUACGAUGGCUACGCCCUCAGCGCCACCAUCAGAUCUGUUGUUGCAUCUGUCGAGAUCCGGUGGUUCUCCAACCGAAGUCACCAGAAUCCACUUGGCUGCAAGGAGUGUCUGCCGUACAACCAAUAUGAGAAUGGUUCAAGGCAUGCUCAUGGACAUACAAUUGUAUGA